AUGGGUACCAGCAGUCCCGGGGGAUGCUCUCCUCUUUCACCCGCUCCCCUGCGCUCUUGCACCACUCCUGAGUGCAAUCACAAUAUUUCUGCCCGUUUCCAUGGCUCCGGGGCCACAGGGCAGCCCUGGGGGCUCCCGUGGGCUGAGCUGGGGACGUUCGGGGAGCCCCGAUCUCCCCCGCCCGUGCCCCGGGCCGCCCCGCAGCCGGGCUCUGUCCUGGCAGUGCCCACGAAUGGCCCUGGAGCUGAGAGAGACCCCGGCAGCCCGAGCCCGCCCCGCUCCCUGGCGGGGUUCCCUCCCGCCGGUCCGGCCCGGGUCCCUCGGGGCGGAGGGGGAGGCCUGGCCCGGGGCCGCUCCGCGCGGUGCUGGGGCAGCCGGGGCGUUCCCCGGCCCCGGGGCACCGGCGGCGGCCCCGCUGCCCGGUCUCGCAGCGCCCCCGCCCGGGCGGAGCGGGGCCCGGGCUGGCGGAUGCUCCGGGACCGCCCCGGCCCGGUUUGCCCCAGGGGCGGGGAGCCGUCACGGGUGGGAAACGCGAAAUGUCCGGAGCUGCCGGUGCCAGACUCGCCCCGGCCGGGCAGCCCCGGCGGGGGUCCCGUCCCGCGGGGGUCCCCCUGCCCGGGCACCCUGAGCGGGCGGGGAAGGGGCCGCGGUGGCCCCGGGGCACAGGCAGCGCCUGUCCUCAACCCUGGCCCGGUAUGUCCCCGCUCCGAGGGGCCGGAGCCCGCCCACUGA